AUGGAACAACAACCUCUUCUGCCGAGGAGCUACGGCACUUUGCCUCGAUAUCCAUCCCAUGACAACUCCAUAUUUCCAUCUUCGCUCCAGGGAAAGCGCAUUUUGCUCUGUACGGAAUCAUUUGGUCCCGUCAACGGCGUCAGCAGGACGACCUUGAUGCUGGUCGAGCAUCUGCGAUCGCACGGCGCACUCGUCGCCGUUGUCGCGCCGCACAACCACACCAAACACAACACAUUCUCCCCGUCAGCAAAAGCCGAUGACCAGCUAGAAGUGCGCCUCCAAGGCUACCCUCUUCCCUUCAACCCGGAGCUCUCGGUCGUCUACCCGGUGCGCGUGUCCGCCCUCUUCGCGAGGACUUUCGGAUCAGACACGCCUCCCGACCUUAUCUACCUGGCCUCGCCGGCGUCUCUCGGCUUCCAAGUGAUGCUGCAGCUACAGCAGCAGCCGAGGGAGAAACGCGUGCCGGUUAUCUGCAACUUUCAGACCGAUCUGGCGGGCUACUGUGCGAUCCUCUUCCCCCAUCCCUUCAGCACAAUGGCCGUCUUCGCGUUUGCCAUGGUCCAAAGCUUCCUGUUCCGCCACGACUCCGUCAAGACCGUCUUCUACCCGUCGCGCUUCGUGCGCAGAUAUCUCGAGGCGCAGGGCGUACAAGGCGCCAAGAUGGAGGUUCUGCGGCGAGGCGUAAAGACAGAGCUGUUCAGGCCGGAGAUGCGCAGUGAGGAGCUACGGAAACAGAUCGCCCCCAACGGCGAAAUCAUCCUAAUAUGCGUCUCCAGAGUAGCUGGCGAAAAAGGGUUCGAUUUCUUGGCUAAGGCCGUCAAAGAGAUGGACGGCAGGGGGUUGCGCUUCAAACUCUACGUCGUCGGCGGGAACCGCAACCCGGAUGUUGAAAGGGAGGUCCACGAGAUGUUCGAUCCUCUGAGAGCACAGGGCAAAGUCAUCUUUGCGGGAUUCAAGACCGGCGACGAUCUCGCGACGGCGUAUGCGUCGGGAGACAUCUUUCUUCAUUGCUCAAUUACCGAGACUUUCGGACUUGUCGUCCUGGAAUCGAUGGCCAGUGGUGUCCCCGUCGUUGCGCGAGACGAGGGCGGCCCGAGCGACAUCAUUGACGACGGCCGCUGCGGAUACCUUGUUCCGCCGGAUGACCUCGAGUGUUUCGUCGACAAGGUCAUGUAUCUCGCCAAGGACAGAGACAGCAGGGAAGCAAUGGCCGUGCAGGCCAGAGCGAUGGCUUGUGAGGCAACUUGGGAGAAGAUCAACAACCAAGUGGCCUGGCGGAUGGCCGACACGAUUGAAGAGCGGGAGCGCGAGAAGGCCCAGUUGAUCCAUCAGCGGUCGUCCAUCGCCAUGCAAGCAAGCCGGCUGGUGCCCAUGUACAGCUGGCUCCUCAUGAACAGCGCAGUGAGGGAUGUUCUUGUUGGGAGAAUCGUGGAUGCGAAGCUGGCCGGCGGGUUCUCUGUUGUCAUGGUUUUCUGGUGCUUCACCGGCAUGUACUUGGCCUUCACCGAGGCGGCGCUGUGGUUCAAGGGUAAGCUGCCGCGACUGUGGGGGCACAGAACAGCAUGA